GCGCUCUUAACUUCCCUGGUCCCUCCGCAUCGGAAACGUCGACCGCCGAGUCACCGUGUGAGAACGUGAUCCUGUCCACAUCCCUUCCUCACGUCUCGGAGGCCUCAAGGUUGUGUCCCCCGUUAUUCGGUGCCGUAAUUUCCCGUCGAGGUUCAACGAGAUGGCCGCCUACAGGCUGGUGCUGAUCCGCCACGGAGAAAGCUGCUGGAACCUGGAGAAUCGCUUCUGCGGUUGGUUCGACGCCGAUCUGAGCGAAAACGGAAUACUGGAGGCGAAGAGGGGUGGCAAGGCGCUCAAAGAGGAGGGCUACGAGUUCGACGUGUGCUACACGUCAGUUCUGAAGCGGGCCAUCCGGACCCUGUGGCUGGUUCUGGAGAAUGUGGACCAGAUGUGGCUUCCCGUGCACCGCACGUGGCGUCUCAACGAGCGCCACUACGGUGCUCUGACGGGCCUCAAUAAGGCCGAGACGGCGGCCAAGCACGGCGAGGAGCAGGUGAAGAUCUGGAGGCGCUCCUAUGACGUCCCACCUCCGCCCAUGGAAUCGGACCACAGCUACUACUCCACCAUCAGCCAGGACCGUCGCUAUGCCGACCUGACGGAAGACCAGCUGCCUUCAUGUGAGAGUCUGAAGGACACCAUCGCUCGUGCUCUGCCCUUCUGGAACGAGGAGAUCGUUCCGCAGAUCAAAGAGGGCAAGAGGGUGCUCAUUGCUGCUCACGGCAAUAGUCUCCGUGGCAUCGUCAAGCACCUGGAGGGUAUGACGGAGGAGGCCAUCAUGGAGCUGAACCUUCCCACAGGCAUACCCAUCCUGUACGAGCUGGACAAGAACCUGAAGCCCCUGAAGCCCAUGCAGUUCCUCGGGGACGAAGAGACCGUCCGCAAGGCCAUGGAGGCCGUGGCCGCUCAGGGCAAAGCCAAGAAGUAGAGGGAGGGAGAGAGGGAGGGAGAGAGAGAGAGGUAGAGGGAGAGAGAGGUAGAGGGGGGGGGGUGAGAGAGAGGUAGAGGGAGAGAGGAAAUCAGUUUCACAUAAACACGUGUAGUGUUGUACAUGAUGGUUUCUUGUUGACUGAAAUUCAUAAAGAACACAAUCCAGUGGUUUACAAUGGGCCCAAUAAUAAAUAACUUAUGAUCAAUAAUUCAUUCAGCUACAUCCAGCUCAACACUCAGAAGGGACCACAUAAACAAAUCUGGGGCUCUUAGAAAACAUAUAUUCCACAUAUUCAUGUUCUUUGCACACACAAAGCUACCUAAGAUGUUUUCCCCAAAGCAG